AUGGCGGUCGACACCAGCUACUUGACCACUCAGGUCAACAACAUUGUCUCUCAGCUACAUGGAAUCUUUGAUGAUAUUGGGGUUCCGAGCCAUGAGCGAGAGACGCGAGAGGCAGAGCUCUUUAGUGCUCUGUCUGAGACCCUGAACAAUCACCUCAAGAUUGUUGAUGAUGAGAGGACCAACAUGACGGAGGAAGGACAACGACUUGUUACUGCUAUUCGACAGAUGGAAGAGUCUCUGGUAGACGAGAAGGCGAACGGGAAGUAUCACUUGGACCAAAAUGAUUUGCGCGUCACAUACCCCCUCAACCGCUGUCUGUCUUUUCUCCGCGACAAGCAUGGCGCAAUGAAAAAGCUGCACCAAGAACGAUUUGAACAGGUCAAGAAACUUGUCGAGGCUCUCGAGUCAUAUUCUUCCCACCUGGAAUCCACGUUCGUGUCUAUCGAGCUUCCCCCAACAGCCCCUGGAUCGUCUAUCGCACCGAGCUUUGAUCUUUCCCCGUCAUAUGUUGCCGCAUUGGAUAACGAAUUCACGAGGGUCUACGAAGAGUAUCACCGACGUGUUGAUUUUGUCAAAUCUACAUGCGAAGAGAUCAUAAAACUCUGGGCCGAGCUGGGUACGCCCCAGGUACAGACCGAUGCCGCAAUUGUCAAGUACUACCGCGAAUCUCCCGAACAGCUGGGUCUUCACGAAUCUGACCUGGCCAACCUGAUGACGAAGCGCGAAAAGCUGUUGGAAGAAAAGAAAACACGUGAGCGCAAGCUGAAGGAGCUACGGGCGGCGGUGGAAUCCCUGUGGGAGCGCUUUGGCGUUGAAGAUGGUGAUAGGAAAGCCUUCCUCGCAGCCAAUCGCGGAUGUGGACUGCGAACAAUCAACGAAUUCGAGGAGGAACUGGGACGUCUCAACGAACUUAAACGACAGAACUUGCACCUUUUCGUGGAAGACGCGCGCUGUCGACUUCAGGAACUCUGGGAUGGUCUCUAUUUUUCGGAAGAGGAAAUGCUUGACUUCACACCUGCCUUUUCCGAUGUCUACAGCGAUGCUCUUCUUGAAGCCCAUGAAGCGGAAAUUGCGCGAUUAGAGGCCCUGACGGAGCAACGUGCCCCCACACUGCAGCUGAUCGCGAGGCACAAGAGCCUGCUCUCUGAGCGUGAGGCUCUGGCUAUCUCGAGUCAGGACGCUUCGCGUCUCAUGGCGCGCGGCAACAAAGGAGAGAGACGUGACCCCGGUAAACUUUUGAGAGAGGAGAAGAUGAGGAAGAGGAUUGCCAAAGAGUUGCCAAAGGUUGAGGCAGACCUAAGAAAAGAACUUGAGAGGUGGGAGGAAGAAUUUGGAAGGCCAUUCCUUGUUCAAGGUGAAAGAUACCUUGAUGAGCUUACCCCCGUCACUGCCAAACCUCCACCACGCUCUAAGACACCAUCCGUCCCGCCUUCUGUAAGCGCGAAAGCAAGCUUUGGAAAGUCGCAGCCACCGUCGCGUCCAGCAAGCGUUAUGAGGGGGCCCCCGCCUCCUCGCUCGGCCACCAAGACGCCGACUGGAAAUUUUCCGACGAAGUACAACACCAUUGGCCCCAGUAGAGCAGGUGCCAGAUCGCCUUCUAAGAUCCCUGCUCGUGUUCCUUUGAGUAACAUGCCUUACGGGAACAACUCGAAUGAUCGUCGGGCAGCUCCCGGCUCUUACUCGACCAGCACGAUCAGCGGCAAGAUCCCAUCAUCGCGCCCUCCACCGCCCAGGAUGCGUGCAUUGACUGUUGAGUCAAAAGAGGCGAGAGGGAGCUAUUUGAUGGACCCCCCACGCAGUGCUAGUGCAUUAUCUAACGCAUUUGUGCGGCCGGUCAGUCCUGAAGACGUCUAUGAUGAUCGCAACCAGCGCUCAUUUAUGAGCUCUUCCAUAUUUUCUCAGCGAUCCACUGGGUUCUCUCAAUCCUCUCAAUCCUCGGCCUCUUCGAUAUCUUUGAACUCAUCUCUUCAGAGUUUCCCGCGACCAAAUCCUUACAUGCAACAUGCGCCUCCUCCUCCUCCUCCGGCACCUAGGCAGGUGUCAAACUCCUCCACCGUGGACACCGCGAUUACGGGAUCAGAGAAUUGGGAAACUUUCGACGAUGGGUCGGAUUCAGAAGUUGAUGCCAGUGACGUCUAUUACGCCAAGCUUCGUGCUGCCCACAAUAAGCGGUUCGCCCCUGAGGAAAACUCGUCCCUAGCGGGCAAGAAGGCCAAGGGGAUCAGAAGCGUCAGCCCAGAUGAGCCCAUGGACAACCAACAUGGGCAGAUGGUCAGAGUGGCGGGUAGUGACGCAGGCUGGACAGAUGAUAUGGAGCCCUACUAG